GUUUGCGUUUUGAGACAUACACGAAUCUUCAAAUCUUGCUAAAAAUGUUCAAUUAACAAUUUUAAACGAAGCGUCGUGUCAGUUCAACUGUAAUUAAAAUUAUCUUCCUCUUCCCUAUUUAAAGGCUCUGCCACCUCCGUGUAAACUUCACUCUCACUCAAAGGCAAAUCGCUAUUUUCUUCAGUUUUUUUUUGUUGUUUUGUGUCUUUUCUUCUUUAAGCUUAGCUCAGUUCUUCUUCUUUGUCUCUUCAUAAAACAAGUUCCUUUUUGUUCUUUUCGAGCUCGAUGAUGAGUAUGCAAGUGUCAAAAAAGAAAGCUGGAGAUUUCCAGACAUGUCAUGAUUUGAUUCCCGGUUUACCUUCCGAAUUGGCUAUUGAGUGUUUGAUCAGAGUUCCCUACCAAUUUCAACCCGCCAUGAAAUCCGUUUGCCGUUCUUGGCGAACGUUCAUCUCCUGCUCCGACUCUUCCUUCAUCCAAGAGCGGCGGAGAUGCGGCAAAGCAGAGCUUCUUCUCUGCCUCGUUCAACCGCUCUCACCGCCUAUUCCUGCGUCUAAACCGGUUGUGGAGACAUUAAUGGUGGCUGACGAGAAUAAAUCAGACGGUGUGUCACAACCGCGCGUUUUCUGUACGCCGCGGUUUGGGUUGAGCGUUUACAACGUUGCGAUGUCCACGUGGCACCGCGUCGCGUUUCCCGAAGGUGAGCAGAUCCCGCUUUUCUGCGAGUGCGUCGUGCUUAAGGACGCCGGAAAGAUUCUACUCAUCGGCGGUUGGGAUCCGGAGACGUUACAGCCGACGAGAGACGUUUACGUUCUCGAAUUCUCCGGAAGGAAGUGGAGACGAGGUGCGCCGAUGAAGGAAUCCCGGUCGUUCUUCGCCUGCGCUUCCGUCGGAUCGAUGAAAGUAUUCGUCGCCGGAGGCCACGACGAUCAGAAAAACGCUUUACGCUCGGCGGAGGUGUACGACGUUGAGAAAGACGAGUGGUCUACGAUUCCUCCGAUGACGGAAGGAAGAGACGAAUGCCAAGGAUUCGCCAUUGGAACAGAUCAAAGGUUUUGCGUAUUGAGCGGAUACGGAACGGAAUCUCAAGGAAGAUUCAGAUCCGACGGAGAGAUUUACGAUCCAGCUACAACUUCGUGGUCCAAAAUCGAAAACAUUUGGCGAUUUCCGGAUACUAGCCCGAGAGGUCGCACCGCAGGAGACUUUAGAAGCUCCUCUAGGCUAUGGUGCUUCACUGACACUGAGUUACAAAUGGAAACCGAGGAUGAUUUGAGAAAUUGGACACUGGAUCUUGAAACUAUACAGCUUCCAAUGAAGACGGUAAGUUCAGAUUUCGCCCGAGGAAGAGAGAGUGAAGGUGAAGAAGGAGUGAUGAUGAAGAUGACGAUGGGGAAGAAGAUAGGAAAAUGGAAUGAUGUACAUAUACCUUUAGAUUUCUCUACUCUUCCAUUUUCACAUGCUUCAAUCUAUGUUUGAAAAAUCCCAAAGAUCUUAUAGUACAACACUUGUUUUGAUUCUAA